AUGACAGAUGAUCUCCUGCAUAAUAUUAAGAACAUGGCAGAUAAGACAUAUGUGUCUUGCCGAUGGAACCAACAGUUUGGCCACAUGAAGGAACUGCCACAGUAUCUGGAAGAUGUCGUGAACGACCGCAGGACGGUUCUGGAACGCUAUGACGAUUAUAAAAGAGACGCUGCAACUAGCGAUUCAAUCACAAAACAACUGGUCAAGGUAAAUCCUGAAAAUAGUGGUAACGGGUCCGUUGUUUCAAAAAUAUACGGCCCUGAGCAAAUCAAUCACUCUAUUUUGGCGAGACAUGAACAGCUGGCGUCACAGGUGCCUGCAUGGCAUUCGCCCUGGGAACUUCUGAGAGUUAUACAUGGUCAUAUUGGAUGGGUACGGUGUGUUAAGAUGGAACCAGUAGACAACGAGUGGUUCGCCACCGGCAGCAAUGAUACUACAAUCAAGGUUUGGGACCUAGCCUCAGGAAAAUUGAAAAUAACACUAGCAGGACAUGUAAUGAGCGUCAGGGAUCUGGCUAUUUCCGACAGAUUUCCGUACUUGUUUUCCGCGAGUGAAGAUAAAACUGUAAAAUGCUGGGAUUUGGAGAAAAAUCAAGCAAUUAGAGAUUAUCAUGGCCACCUUUCUGGUGUACACACGGUGGAUCUACACCCAACACUGGACCUUGUUGUCACAGCUGGUCGUGAUAGCGUCGUCAGACUGUGGGACAUACGAACAAGGGGACCGGUGAUGACACUGGCAGGACACAAGGGCCCAAUAAACAAAUUGCGCUGUAUUCCAGUAGAUCCUCAAGUUGUCAGUUGCUCUACCGAUGCUACAUUGCGACUUUGGGAUAUAUCUACCGGUAAGACUAUCAAGACUCUGACACAUCACAAACGUUCAAUAAGGGAUGUUUCACUGCACCCAACAGAAUUUUCAAUGGUAUCUGCAUGCACCAACGACGUAAGAUCCUGGAAACUUCCAGAAGGUUCACUUCUUACAAAUUUUGAGUCCACGGGAACUGGUAUUAUUAACUCACUUAGCGUGAACGCAGAUGACGUUUUGUUUGCUGGUAGCGAUAACGGUACACUUUCGUUUUACGACUACAAGUCAGGCCAUAAGUACCAAUCAUUCCUAACACAAGAAGCCCCAGGCUCCCUAGAAAGCGAAAGGGGCAUUCUUACGAGCACAUUUGAUAUGACCGGACAACGGCUAAUCACUGGUGAAACAGACAAAAGCAUAAAGCUAUGGAAACAGAAGGAAGAUGCUACGCCAGAAACAGAUCCGGGACUGCCCUGGAAUCCAGACCUGUCAUCACAGAGACUUUAA